AGCCAUCAACUCACUUUCCGACAGCCUUUUCCCGUUCCGAGUCGCUCAGGAUCGAAAAACGAACGAUUCUAUUUUUGUUACCCAAAAAAGAAAAUAAAAGUAAAAAAGCAAAAGUUUACCUCAAAGAAUGUUAUAAUUUUGAAAAGGAAAAAAAGAGCUUAAAUACUUAAAUUGAUUUUUGAAAAAAAAAUUUCAAGCAAUUUCUUUCAAAAAUGGCAGCAGUUCCAGUUGAAGAAGCCAUUGCAGCUUUAUCCACAUUCUCCCUAGAGGAUGAGCAACCGGAAGUACAAGGACCAGCAGUUUUGGUGUCAACUGAAAGAGGAGCAACUAAUAGUCCCAUUGAGUAUAGCGAUGUUUCUGCCUAUCGUUUGUCUCUUUCUGAGGACACCAAAGCGCUCAAUCAGCUUAACACACUCAUCCUGGAAGGGAAGGAGAUGGCAUCAGUGCUUUACACAUACCGCAGUUGUGUCAAAGCACUUCCUCAGCUUCCUGAUUCUAUGAAGCAUAGUCAAGCUGACUUAUAUCUAGAAACAUAUCAAGUUCUGGACUUGGAGAUGAGUCGGUUGCGUGAAAUACAGCGAUGGCAAGCAUCAGCUGCAUCUAAACUAGCAGCUGACAUGCAACGCUUUUCUAGGCCUGAGCGAUGCAUUAAUGGCCCUACAAUAACUCACCUCUGGUCCAUGUUGAAGUUACUCGAUGUUUUAGUGCAACUUGAUCAUCUAAAAAAUGCUAAAGCAAGCAUACCUAAUGACUUCUCCUGGUACAAGCGGACAUUCACACAGGUCAGUGUUCAGUGGCCAGAUACUGACUCUAUGAGGGAGGAAUUGGAUGAUUUACAGAUUUUCUUGAGCUCAAGGUGGGCUAUCUUAUUGAACUUGCAUGUGGAGAUGUUCCGUGUAAACAAUGUAGAAGACAUCCUUCAAGUUCUUAUAGUCUUUGCUGUUGAGUCCUUGGAAUUGGAUUUUGCCCUUCUGUUUCCUGAGCGGCACAUGCUUCUCCGAGUGUUGCCUGUUCUUGUUGUCAUGGCAACAUCAUCAGAGAAAGAUAGCGAGUCACUGUACAAGAGGGUGAAAAUCAAUAGACUGAUCAGUAUAUUUAAGAAUGAUCCAGUAAUUCCUGCAUUCCCUGAUCUUCAUCUUUCUCCUGCUGCAAUUUUGAAAGAAUUGUCAAUGUACUUCCAAAAAUUCUCCAGCCAAACUCGUCUUCUCACUCUUCCAUCACCUCAUGAACUUCCACCCCGGGAAGCACAAGAUUAUCAGAGGCAUUAUCUAAUUGUCAAUCAUAUUGGAGCCAUCCGUGCUGAGCAUGAUGAUUUUGCUAUCCGUUUUGCUUCAUCAAUAAAUCAGCUUUUGCUGUUGAAAUCUACUGAUGGUGCAGAUGUUGAGUGGUGCAAAGAAGUUAAAGGAAACAUGUAUGAUAUGGUUGUUGAAGGUUUCCAGCUAUUGAGUAGAUGGACUGCACGUGUUUGGGAACAAUGUGCCUGGAAAUUUUCUCGCCCAUGCAAGGAUGCUGGUCCUUCAGAGUCACAAGAGUUAUUGGCAUCUUAUUCUGACUAUGAAAAGGUUGUACGAUAUAAUUAUAGUGCAGAGGAAAGGAAAGCACUUGUUGAAGUUGUUAGCUACAUAAAGAGUGUUGGAUCAAUGAUGCAGCGGUCUGAUACGUUGGUAGCUGAUGCUUUAUGGGAAACAAUACACGCAGAGGUGCAAGAUUUUGUUCAAAAUACAUUAGCUACCAUGUUGCGGACUACAUUUAGAAAGAAAAAAGAUCUGUCAAGGAAGAGUACUAUGUUACACUGCUAUGGGAACAAUAAUCUCGACAAGAGCAAGAUCUAUCAAUGUUUUUCAGAAGUGUGUUCUGUCAGAGCAUUCAUGUGGAAACGGAUUCUUUCUGAUAUGCGGACCCUUUCAGCAGACUGGAUGGCAAACUCAAGCAAGCCUGAAUCUGAAUAUCAGUCUUUACAACAUGGAGGUGACGAAAGUAGAGGAAACUUCUUUUAUCCUAGACCAGUGGCACCGACAGCAACCCAGGUUCAUUGCUUGCAGUUUCUAAUAUAUGAAGUGGUCUCUGGUGGUAAUCUUAGGAAGCCUGGGGGACUAUUUGGUAACAGUGGGUCUGAGAUUCCUGUUAAUGACUUAAAGCAGUUGGAAACCUUCUUUUACAAGCUAAGCUUCUUCCUGCACAUAUUGGAUUAUUCAGCGACUAUUGCAACUUUGACAGAUCUUGGUUUCUUAUGGUUUAGAGAAUUUUAUUUGGAGUCUUCUCGUGUUAUUCAGUUUCCAAUAGAAUGCUCCCUUCCCUGGAUGCUGGUGGAUCAUGUGCUCGAGUCCCAAAGUGCUGGCCUUCUUGAAAGUGUGCUGAUGCCAUUUGACAUUUAUAAUGAUUCGGCACAGCAUGCACUGGUUUAUCUGAAACAGCGCUUCCUCUAUGAUGAAAUUGAGGCUGAGGUGGACCAUUGUUUUGAUAUAUUUGUUGCAAAACUCUGUGAAGCUAUUUUCACAUAUUACAAGAGCUGGUCUGCUAGUGAGCUGCUUGAUCCAUCAUUCCUCUUUGCCUUAGACAAUGGAGAAAAGUAUUCUAUCCAGCCUAUGCGGUUCACUUCACUUCUAAAGAUGACUAGAGUGAAGUUUCUUGGGAGGACCAUUGAUUUAAGAAGUUUGAUUGCCGAAAGGAUGAACAAAGUCUUCAGAGAGAAUCUUGAGUUUCUUUUUGACCGUUUUGAGUCUCAGGAUCUAUGUGCCAUAGUGGAAUUAGAAAAGCUGCUAGACAUAUUAAAGCAUUCCCAUGAAUUGCUUUCAAAAGAUCUUUCAAUAGACUCAUUCAGUCUCAUGUUGAAUGAGAUGCAGGAGAACAUUUCUCUUGUGUCAUUUUCUAGCCGACUGGCGUCUCAGAUUUGGUCUGAGAUGCAAAGUGAUUUCUUGCCAAACUUUAUCCUUUGCAAUACUACUCAGCGUUUCAUCCGAUCUUCAAAGGUUCCUCUUGCUCCUGUCCAAAAGCCAUCAGUUCCACAUGCCAAGCCAAACUUCUAUUGUGGUACUCAAGAUUUAAAUUCUGCACAUCAAAGUUAUGCCCGUUUGCAUAGUGGAUUUUUUGGGAUCCCACACAUGAUUUCCGUUGUUAAACUUCUAGGAUCUAGGUCAUUGCCAUGGCUUAUCCGAGCACUACUGGAUCAUAUAUCAAACAAGAUUGCUGCACUCGAGCCUAUGAUUACAGGCUUGCAAGAAGCACUACCGAAAUCUAUUGGACUUCUUCCUUUCGAUGGGGGUGUGACAGGAUGUAUGAGGCUCGUUAAAGAGCAACUCAGUUGGGGAACAAAAUCAGAGCUAAAAGCAGAAGUUCUUUGUGGAAUAAAGGAGAUUGGAAGCGUAUUGUAUUGGAUGGGGCUCCUUGAUAUUGUUUUGAGAGAGUUAGAUACCACACAUUUCAUGCAAACAGCACCUUGGUUGGGCUUGCUUCCUGGUGCAGAUGGGCAAACAUUGCAAUCACAAAAUGGUGGAGAUAGCCCUGUUGUCAACCUCUUCAAAUCUGCUACUGCUACAAUUGUGUCAAAUCCUAGGUGCCCAAAUCCAACCUCGUUUUACACAAUGUCAAAGCAGGCAGAAGCUGCAGAUCUUUUGUACAAGGCUAACUUGAAUACUGGAAGUGUGUUGGAAUACGCCCUUGCAUUUACAAGUGCAGCAUUAGAUAAAUAUUGCAGUAAAUGGAGUGCUGCUCCCAAGACUGGGUUCAUUGACAUCACAACUUCAAAGGAUUUCUAUCGUAUAUAUAGUGGCCUCCAAAUUGGAUAUCUGGAACAGUCUAUUCAAUUACAGCCAAACAAUCACGAUAUGCUGGGUGACUCAGUUGCUUGGGGUGGUUGUACCAUAAUAUACUUGCUGGGGCAACAGCUGCAUUUUGAGCUAUUUGAUUUUUCAUAUCAAAUCCUAAAUGUUGCAGAAGUUGAAGCUGUAUCAAUCACACAAACACAUAGGAGUCCUCAUUUUGGCCAGGGAUGGGAUACCCUGUUAGAAGCAAUGAAGAAAGCAAGAAGGUUGAACAAUCAUGUAUUUUCAAUGCUGAAAGCACGUUGCCCUCUCGAAGACAAAACAGCUUGCGCUAUCAAGCAAAGUGGUGCCCCUCUGCAUCGGAUUAAGUUCGAGAAUACCGUUUCUGCAUUUGAAACCCUACCCCAGAAGGGUACCUGAAUGAGUUUAUCUGCCUUCUCGUCAUAUAAUAUGUAGCUAUUUAAAGUUUUCUGAAGUUGUUAUAUACUUGGGUGGAACAAAAUGUAUAUAUAUCCCACGCAGAUGGUCGAUGUGAAAAAAAAAAAUCAAUGAGCUCAUGUAUAAACACUCGUCAUCAACAUAUGGAAUGAUUAAUUAAUUCUAAUUAAAUUUUGUAAGUGGAUGCGUAGCAUGCAAGCAAAAUUCAUUCU